AUGGAAGAGAUUGGUACUUCAAUUGCAUCUAAAAUUGUAGAAAAACCAGUGGCACUAAUUGGGAGACAACUCAGCUAUCUAAUUUACUACGAUUCUAACAUAGAAAGCCUAAAGGAUGUGCUUAAAAACCUUGAUGACAAGAAAAAUGAUGUGCAAAGAUCUGUGGAUGCUGCAAAAAGGAAUGGUGCAACCAUCAAAAAUCAAGUUCAAAGCUGGCUGGAGAAUGUAAGCAAAAUAUUUCGUGAAGUGGAAGAACUUGAAAAAAAUGUCAAUAAGCAAAGGCGGUGUUUGUAUGGAUUGUGCCCAAGUUUGAAAUCGCGGUAUUCUCUGAGUAGGAAAGCCAAGAAAAUUGCUGAGCGUGUACUUGAUCUCAAACUAGACAAAGGACUGAGUAAUAAUGUUGCCAAUCUUGCACCUCUGCAACAACUAUGGUCAAUAAUCUCUAGUGAAGGUUUUAAGGGUUUUGAAUCUAGAAAAGAUGUCAUGAAUGAUGUGCUUAGUGCUUUGAGGAAUGAAAAGACAAGAAUAAUUGGGAUUUGCGGGAUGGGAGGUGUGGGUAAAACCACAAUGGUGAGAGAAAUCAUCAAGAGGUUAGAAGGAAUGAGUCUGUUUGAUGAUGUUGUAAUGGCAACUGUCUCCGCAACUAUUAACAUGAGGACAAUUCAAACUACAAUUGCACAGUCACUAGGUAUGAAAUUUGUCGAUGAAAUUGAAUCUAUAAUAGCACAAAGGCUACAUGAGAGAAUCAAGCAGAGUAAAAGAAUCCUGAUUAUAUUAGAUGAUGUAUGGUCAGAGCUUAAAUUUCAGGAUGUAGGAAUCCCUUUUGGCGUUGGACUUACAACUAAUCAAGUUCAUGAAGGGUGCAAAAUUUUGUUGACAUCUCGAAAUGAAGAAGUUUGUAAAGUAAUGGGUUGUAAAGAUGACAUUUUUAGAGUCCAAGCCUUAAAUAAAGAAGAAGCAUGGAAGCUUUUCAGGGCGACUGCAGGUGAAUCCUUUGACAAUGAUCCUGAGUGGCUUCGUAUUGCAGAAAUGAUUGCAGAUGAAUGCAAAGGUUUACCCAUUGCUAUCGUAACUGUUGGGAAAGCUCUUCUAUCAAGUAAUGGAAAACAUGAAUGGCUUACUGCCUUGCACGAACUGAAAAAUUCUGUCCCAGAAAACAUCCCUGGGAUGGAACACAAUGUUUAUUCUUGCAUAAAAUUGAGUUAUGAUAAAUUGGAGAGUGAUGAAGUCAAGUCAUGCUUUUUAUUUUGUUGCUUAUUUCCAGAAGAUUAUGAUGUUCCCAUUGAGUAUUUGGUGAGGUAUGGGUCGGGUCGAGCAACUUUUAGAAACACCAACACAGUCGAAGAUGUAAGAAACAAAGUGCAUUCUUUCGUUGGACAACUAAAAAGAAGGUAUUUGUUGCUGGAUAGUCUCGAGGAAGAGUGUAUCAAAAUGCAUGACAUAGUCCGUGAUGUUGCUAUAUCAAUUGCCUCAAAAGAUCCUCACAGAUUUAUGGUAAGAUCAUUUGAUGCUAAAGGUGGUGGUGGAGGACGACCAGGAGUACAAAAAGUUACAAACCAAGAACAUUGCAGUGCAAUUUCGUUAAUUGAUUUUAAAUUGGAUGAAAAUAUUAUUGAUGGUUUGGAGUGCCCAAAACUUGAGCUUCUACAACUGAAAAAUUCCUCAAGUAGUUCAGAAUAUUCCAACUACUUUAAAAGGAUGAAAGAACUCAAGGUUUUAGCUUUCUUAGAGGUGAAUAUGUCAAGUUAUUUGGCCUUGGAAAAAUCUCUACUGCUUGGGGAACCCAAGUACCUUCAUACCUUGUGUCUAGAGGAUUGCAUAUUGGGAGACAUAUCACAUGUUAUUGGAGGAUUGGAGAGUUUGGAGAUCCUCAGCUUUGCUCGCUCUAAAAUCAGUAAGUUGCCUAUAGAAAUCGGACAUCUUCAACGGUUAAGGAUGCUUGAUGCAACAGAUUGUAAAAGACUUGAAGAAAUUCCUCAUGGUGUCUUAUCCAACUUGAGGAGAUUAGAAGAGUUGUACAUGGCAGAAAGCUUUCUCAAUUGGGGGCCAGCAACAGGAAGCAAGGAUGAAACGAGCCUGGCAAGCCUUGAUGAGGUGAUGUCUCUAUCUGAUCAUUUAAAUGUCUUAGCCAUAAAAAUCCCUGAUGUUCAGAUGUUGCGAAAUGAUGAGUUUCUUUUAAAAAGCCAGCCUAUAAGAUUUCAUGUAUCUAUCAAUAUUAGUUGGUCAUACGAAGAGGAGAGUUUCGAGAAUCAAAUGCCUGGUUAUUUGUUCGAAAAUAGUUUGAUGCUUCGUGGUGAUGUAAAGGAAUAUUUGGAGAUUGGGGCAGUUAGAUACUUCUUGAAGCAAUCUGAAGACUUAAGCCUACACCACACAUACAAUUUAAAGUAUGUCAUCGAGGAGUUAGAUGGUCAAGGAGGCUUUCAACACUUGAAAGUGUUAUCAAUCGAUUAUGACAACGACAUAGAGUAUCUUCUAAAUGGAACAGAUUGGACUCAUCGUGGUCAACCUGCCUUCCCCAUCUUAAAGUCAGUUACCCUCGAGAAUAUUUACAAACUAAAAGUUGUAUGUCGUGGCAAACUGCCAGACAAGCACUCCUUUAUGAACCUAAGAUCCAUUCAUAUUGACCAUUGUUGUGAGUUAAAAUAUGUCUUUUCACUAUCCGUAGCACAAAACUUGGUACAACUCCAAAGCUUAAAUGUUGAACACUGUGAUGAAGUGGAACAGAUCAUAUCAAAGGAGAGAAUGGAAGCUAAUAAUGCAUCUCACAUGAUAACUUUCCCAAGAUUAACGGUUUUGAAGCUUUAUAAUCUACCCAAGCUCCUUGGUUUCUACACGGAAAACCAAUGGGACUCCACCUAUGAGAUUAUAAAGCCCAAUGAUGAAAGUGUGAACAAGAUGAAAGAGACUAGGAAUGACAAUCAAGUUUCUGGGUCGACCUCAUCUAAAUCAAAAGUAGUACAAGUGGGAGCAAGUUGUAAUGCACUAUUUCCUUCAAAUUGCAUUUCAUGGUUACCAAAUCUAGAGGAGCUAGUAAUGGUCUAUUUGAUAAGAGAGCAACAAUCAGAGGACUCUUUGACAAGCGAGCAAGGGUCAAAAGAAAACAAUGAACCAGUAGUCAAUGUGGUAUUUGAUUUAGAAGGGCAUGACUCAGCAUUUUCUCAAUUACAGACAUUUAAAGUGCAGUAUUUAAAUGAGGAGCAUUUGUGGAAGAAUGUUCAACCUGGAUUCCAAGGUUUUCAAAAUGUAAGAUCUUUAACAAUUGAAGGAUGUGACUGUCUAAAAUAUCUAUGCCCCUAUGAAAUUUACAAGCUCCUUGUGAAUCUCCAAGAAGUCGAAAUAUCCUCUUGUGAUAACAUGGAAACUAUAGUACUGGAAGCUGCUUCCACAGAGGACAAUAUCCAUGAAGAAGGGAAAGAGACAGGUGGCAGUGGCACGAGAACUUUGUUUCCCAAACUACUCAAUAGCUUAUGUCUAAAGAUUUUGCCAAGCCUCGAGAGAUUUUGCCCUGAUGCCUAUUCUUUUGCAUGGUCCUCCUCCACGAGAACUAUGUAUGUGAGAAAUUGUCCCAAAUUAAAGACAUUGAGUUUUGCACCAGUAAGCAAAAAGCUGCCUGCAGCAGUUGUAGAGAAUUUGAGUGAUGAUCAUGUAAGAGAUAGAGAAGAAUCAGGAUCUGGAUGUGCAUCAUCAACUGGAUCUGGAUCUGGAUUUGGAUGUGCGCCACUAGUUUGCUUACAAAGUCGUCCAUCUACUCGCAACUUUACUCAAAUAUUGUCCCGCCCUGUAAAUAGAGAGGUUACGCCGGCAAAUCUUCAGACCUCAAGUGCUAGGGACAAUAAUCUAGAAGAUCUGCAUGUAAAACAUUGCGAUUUAUUGGAAGUGAUAUUUUUGGUUCAGGAAACCCCUUCUACUCAAGCAUUUGAUAAGCUGAGGAAAUUGAAGUUGUACCGAUUAGCAAUGCUGAGCCACAUAUGGGAAAAGGGUUUACAAGUUAGCUCAGGCUUUGGAAACCUGAGAUUCCUAGACGUACGGCGAUGUGACAAUUUGAGAUACUUGUUUUCACCACACAUAGCCAAACUCCUUACCUGCCUUGAAACAAUAGAAGUUUCCGAUUGUAAUGCGAUGGAGAAAAUUGUUGGCGAGGCUGAAGGAGAAGGAGAAAGUAUUAAGGAUGAAUUGACAUUUCCGCACGUGAAUUCUAUUGAACUUGAGGAUUUACCCAAACUUGAAUCUUUCUGCUCUCAAGCUUAUACUUUGAAGUGGUCGUUAGCCUUGGAGAAAGUCAGGGCUGUGCUUUUGAUACGGGUGUGCGCGUAUUCGAUACAGCGCCGAUACGGUCACGAUACGUCGAGGAAUUUUAAAGACCCGGCCUCUGUCGAGAGGCUAGGUCUUUUUGGCGAUUCAGACGGCAACCAAAAAAGAGGAAGAAGAAGGAAGAAGGAAGAGAACCCACCAGCAAUCGCCGCCGCACCCAGCGCCGUUGAACCCAUCGCCGUUGAACCCAUCGCCGUCGCCAUCUCAGAUUCAUCUGGUUCGGAGGGUUUCUUACGCAGCUCAAGGUUUUUUUCCUAUUCUUUAUAA